AUGUCGUCCAGUCCACAGAACCAGGAUCAGAAACUAGACCAGGACCAGGAUCAGGACCAGGACGAGGACCAGAAACAGGAUCAGGGUCAGAAACAGGUUCGGGAUCGGGACCAGAAACGGGAGGGGAAGGAGGUUCAAAGUGAGAAGAUGAACAAAGAAAAGGAAGAAGAGAAAGAAUCUUCUAAUUAUUUUAUUUACAACCCGAGAACCAGAGAGUUCAUGGGAAGAACCGCAGGCAGCUGGGGUCGCAUCCUCCUCUUCUACCUCAUCUUUUAUGGGUUUUUGGCAGGAAUGUUUUCAUUCACCAUGUGGGUGAUGUUACAGACACUGGAUGAAAAUGUCCCCCGACAUCAGGAUCGAGUCGCCAAUCCAGGUUUGGUGAUUCGUCCUCAUGCAGCCGAGAUCUCGUUCAAUCGCAGCGACUCAACAAACUACAACCAAUACAUCCAACAGCUGCACGAGCUCCUGCAGCGUUAUAACGACAGCAUUCAGAAGCGUCACGACUUGUGUCUGGUGGGUGAAUACACUGAACAGGACGAGGAGCCGAUAAAGAAAGUGUGUCAGUUUAAACGCAGUGCGCUGCGUCAGUGCUCCGGUCUGUCCGACACCAGCUUUGGAUUCGCUGACGGGAAACCCUGUGUCAUAAUCAAGAUGAACCGGGUCAUUGGACUGAAGCCACAAGGAGAUCCCGUCAUCAACUGCACUGCAAAGGGAAACCGUCCGUUACAGAUUCAGUAUUUUCCAUCUGAAGGUCGUCUGGAUAAAAUGUUUUUCCCAUAUUAUGGCAAGAAAGCACACCCUGACUAUGUGCAGCCUCUCGUCGCCGUCAAGUUGUUCUUGACAAAAGACGACUUGAACGUGGAGCAGACGGUGGAGUGUAAAGUCCAGGGCUCUGACCUGCGUAACGAUGAUGAUCGUGACAAGUUUCAAGGUCGCGUCACUUUCCGGAUCAAAGUGUCAGAGUAAACCGGCCUGCCAGUUGCCAUGGAGACCACAAACUAGGCUUACUCUGGAAAUGAAGGACUCGGUUUAAUCCAGACCUGAUUUAAUCCUGGACGUCUGAAUGUGGUUCAUCCUGUUGUGAGUCUGAUGAGAGGAACACACACACACACCCUCUCAUGUUUA